AUGACUCCGUCGCCGCCCGUCGUCCCCGACUCCUCCUCGACCCCCACUGCCCCGGACCCUACACCCUCCCGUGAGAUUCCUCUCCUCCGGUCCCCGUGCCUCGCCCGUGGCCUGCUCCCGCUAGCUCCCGCCGCGUCCCGCGUUGCUCCCCUGCUGUCGCCCGACCUCCGCGCCGCCGUGUUGCCCGCUCGCCUCCCCCCGCGCGCCCGUGCGCGCCACGCAGCCACCGCUCGCUGCAGCCAUUCGUCGCCGUCACGGCGACCGCCCCGCUCUGGUCCUGCUGCCCCGUGUCCCCACGCUCGCACAACCUCGCGGCCACGCUCCCCUGCUGCUGCUGCUGCUCUACCGCCGUUGAUGCGCGCCGCCCCCUCUGUCGAGGCGCUGGCCGCCUCCCCGCAUCCCGCUCCGGCCGGCGCCCCAUGGCCCCGCGCCUCGCCUCCACCCUCUCCUCCCGCGGCCGCGCCACCGCGCCCGCCCGCGCGCCACUUGCCGCGCCGGCGCCACCCCUCGCCUUCGUCCGCCGUGGCCCCGGCUGGCCGCGCCGGCUUGCCCCGCCGUCAGUGUCCCGGCGGCCUCGUCCCGCCCUGCGGGCGAGUGCCCGCUCGGGUGCGCCCGUUUGCCCGCUAUGGCCCCUUUGGGCCACUGACACGAGGGCCCACCCCUGAGAACGUUUAA